UAACUCUGAGCGUCCUAGUCUGCUUUUGGCUCCAGCGGCACUAUUACGUGGGUCCGUGCUCCAAGCUCGCUCAAGGCAACUCACAGAUUACGGAAGGCAUUCUGUGACACCUCCAACCCCAAACAAUCACGACCACACCAGCAACAAUUCGACUCUCUUUGAUCAUAGUUUAUCCACCAGUGCCUUCGUAAAUACAGAGCCCUCAUAUAAAACCCUCGAAACACUAUUAUAAGAUUGGAGAGCCGCGGUCCUCAUCAUGCCUUCCGCAACCGGCUCCAACUGGGAGAAGUACCAGAAGAACUUUGCCGACGAUGAGGUAGAAGAGAAGAAGAUCACACCUCUAACAGACGAGUACGAAUGCCCUCCUAGAAAUGAGAGUGCGAUUAGUACGCUAACACCAGCGUCAGGGAUAUUCAGGUUCUCAAGACAUACGGCGCCGCGCCUUAUGGUACAUCUAUCAAGAAGCUCGAGAAGCAGAUCAAGGAGAAGCAACAAAGUGUCGAUGAGAAGAUCGGCGUCAAGGAAUCCGACACAGGACUCGCGCCCCCCCAUCUAUGGGAUGUCGCCGCCGACCGUCAGCGAAUGUCUGAAGAGCAACCUUUCCAGGUGGCACGUUGCACGAAAAUCAUAGCUGACGAGAAGGGCGACGAGGCCAAGAGCAAAUAUGUGAUCAACGUCAAACAAAUCGCAAAAUUCGUUGUCCAGCUUGGAGAGCGCGUCAGUCCUACCGACAUCGAAGAAGGCAUGCGCGUGGGUGUCGACAGGAACAAGUACCAAAUUAUGCUUCCCCUACCGCCCAAAAUUGAUGCGAGCGUUACAAUGAUGACGGUGGAGGAGAAGCCCGAUGUCACUUACGGCGAUGUUGGUGGUUGUAAGGAGCAGGUUGAGAAGCUACGGGAAGUUGUCGAAAUGCCUCUACUGUCUCCUGAGCGCUUCGUCAACCUCGGUAUCGAUCCUCCCAAGGGUGCCCUCCUCUAUGGUCCUCCUGGAACCGGAAAGACCCUCUGCGCCCGAGCUGUUGCCAACCGAACAGACGCCACCUUUAUCCGAGUUAUUGGUAGUGAGCUGGUUCAGAAAUAUGUCGGCGAGGGCGCAAGGAUGGUUCGGGAGCUUUUCGAGAUGGCCCGUACAAAGAAGGCAUGCAUCAUUUUCUUCGACGAGAUCGACGCCAUCGGUGGUGCUCGAUUUGACGAUGGUGCUGGUGGAGACAACGAGGUUCAGCGAACGAUGCUGGAGCUUAUUACGCAGCUUGAUGGUUUCGAUGCUCGUGGAAACAUCAAGGUUAUGUUUGCCACCAACAGACCCUCUACAUUGGACCCUGCGCUCAUGCGACCCGGCCGUAUCGAUCGAAAGAUCGAGUUCUCACUGCCCGACCUCGAGGGCCGAGCUAACAUUCUGCGCAUCCACGCUAAAUCCAUGUCGGUUGAGCGGGACAUCCGAUGGGAGCUCAUCUCUCGUCUCUGCCCCAACGCAACUGGUGCUGAGCUGCGUAGUGUUUGCACCGAGGCCGGCAUGUAUGCCAUUCGCGCAAGGAGAAAGGUUGCAUCCGAGAAGGAUUUCCUCAGUGCAGUUGACAAAGUCAUCAAGGGUAACCUCAAGUUCAACUCGACGGCGACGUAUAUGCAGUACAACUAGACAUACUCACCAUAAGGCAAGGUGUAUUUUAAUGCGGUGUAUGAAUACAGGGCAAUUGGAUGGCGGGAACAUAGACGUCACAAUGAACAAAUUGCUUCUACAAGCAUGCUCAAAAGUGAAUUGCAUUAAUGACUUAGUUUGUUGUGCUCCCGAUGCCAUAUUGAUACAUGCAGAAUCUAUCUACUGUAAAUUACUCCGUGAUUCACUUGCAAUCCGGAUGCUACAAAACAAGACCAUCAAGGUCCUAAAAACCGAAA